CCAUCGCCGUCAUCGUCGCUUUUGCACUGCACUGCACUGUCGUCGCCCGACCGCUGCGUCUUCAUAUCCCCUCGCAGCGCCCUCGCCUCUCGAUCAAUUCCCCCUCCUCCGUGUCGACGUCGAUCGAUACAACCGCACGCGCAACAUGGCCAGCAACAGCAGCCUUCGGACGCUCGGCCGGACAGUCCUCGCCCGCCCGCUGCGAUGCGGCGCGUCCGCGUGCUCUAGAUUCGCUCCCUCGUCGAUGAUGACGAUGACGACGCCGAGGCCGACGCAGACGCAGACGCGCCUGCACUCGUCGUCCAAGCACCCCAAGGGCUUCGAGGCCCCCUCGUCCGAGGAGCUCGACGAGCUGCGCGAGCGCGUGCAAGAGUUCACGCGGCGCGAGGUGAGCGAGGAGGUGGCGGCGCGGACGGACCGCAGCAACGCCUUCCCCAACGACAUGUGGCCCAAGCUCGGCGAGGCGGGCCUGCUGGGCAUCACGGCCGACGAGGACGUGGGCGGGCUGGGCAUGGGCUACCAGGCGCACUGCGUCGUCAUGGAGGAGAUGUCGCGCGCCUCGGGGUCCAUCGGCCUCAGCUACGCCGCCCACUCGCAGCUCUGCGUCAACCAGCUGCAGCUCAACGGCUCCCCCGCCCAAAAGGCAAAGUACCUGCCCGGCCUCGUCGCCGGCACCAGCGUCGGCGGCCUCGCCAUGUCCGAGUCGGGCUCCGGCAGCGACGUCGUCAGCAUGCGCACCACGGCCAAGCCCGUCGACGGCGGCUACCUCAUCAACGGGUCCAAGAUGUGGAUCACCAACGGGCCCGACGCCGACGUCAUCGUCGUCUACGCCAAGACGGAGCCCGACGCCGGCUCCAAGGGCAUCACCGCCUUCAUCGUCGAGACCUCGGCCGACGGCUUCAGCUGCGCCCGCAAGCUCGACAAGAUGGGCAUGCGCGGCAGCAACACGGGCGAGCUCAUGUUCGACGGCGUCUUCGUCCCCUCCGAGAACGUCCUCGGCAAGGUCAACGGCGGCGUCCGCGUCCUCAUGGAGGGCCUCGACCUCGAGCGCCUCGUCCUCUCCGCCGGGCCCAUCGGCAUCAUGCAGGCCGCCCUCGACGUCGCCGCCCCCUUCACCCACCAGCGCAAGCAGUUUGGCCAGCCCAUCGCCCACAACCAGCUCGUCCAGGGCAAGCUGGCCGACAUGUACACCAAGCUGCAGGCCUCGCGCGCCUACACCUACGACACGGCCCGCAAGGUCGACGAGCGCGGCCUCAUCCGCACCCAGGACUGCGCCGGCGCCAUCCUCUACGCCGCCGAGCGCGCCACCGAGUGCGCCCUCGACUGCAUCCAGCUGCUGGGCGGCAUGGGCUACGUCGAGGAGAUGCCCGCCUCGCGCCUGCUGCGAGAUGCCAAACUGUACGAGAUUGGUGCCGGCACGUCCGAGAUUCGCCGCAUGGUCAUCGGUCGCGCGUUCAACAAGGAGUAUGCCAACGCCUAAGGUGGUCGGAGCAGCACGCUGAAACGACGACGCGAGAGUCAAGAGCGGCAUGCCCGGGCGCGCGCCGAGGUGAAGGCACGCGGCUCGGGGCACUGAGAUGAGGAGCGAUUCCAACGCUUCGCGGCGACGGGACGGGUUUCACCUCCUCCUCACCGCAGACGCACUGUGGAUGCAGGCCCACGGGCCACAGGGGCGUCGGCAGAUGGAGUGGAUGCGUCGACGCGCAUCGCGGCAGCAGAGCACUGCCGACGGAUCAAUUGGCAGAACCGGUCAAUAUCUACAACACUGUACUAUAGUCGUAACCACGCCGAAACGGUGCAUGUGGCAGCACGCACAAAAGUAGAAUAAAACAACUAGACG